UCAGCCCUGGCCUCCAUCACCCCCGGACCCACAGCACAGCCUAGGGCCAUGCUCCUGUUCUCAGUGCUGCUGCUCCUGUCCCUGGUCACAGAAGCUCAGCUUGGUCCACAGACUCCUCUCCCAGAGGCUGGAGUGUCUCUCCUAGGCGGGGCUAGGAAGGGCUACCGCCCUCCUUUGCCCACUCAUUCCCUGGGUCCCGUCAGUGAAUGUGGCGACAGAUCCAUUUUCGAGGGAAGAACUCGGUAUUCCAGAAUCACAGCGGGGGUGGAGGCGCAGGUGGGAGAAUUUCCGUGGCAGGUGAGCAUUCAGGCAAGAAACGAACCUUUCUGUGGCGGCUCCAUCCUCAACAAGUGGUGGAUUCUCACUGCGGCUCACUGCUUACAUUCCGAGGAGGUGCUUCCAGAAGAACUGAAUGUCGUGCUGGGGACCAACGACUUAACUAGCUCAUCCAUGGAGAUAAAGGAGGUCGCCAGCAUCAUCAUUCACAAGGACUUUAACAGAGCCAACAUGGACAAUGACAUCGCCCUGCUGCUGCUGGCCUCACCCAUCAGGCUUGAUGACCUGAAAGUGCCCAUCUGUGUCCCCACGCAGCCCGGCCCCACCACGUGGAGCGAAUGCUGGGUGGCAGGUUGGGGCCAGACGGAUGCUGCUGACAAAAACUCUAUGAAAAUGGAUCUGAUGAAAGCGCCAAUGGUCAUCAUGGACUGGGAGGAAUGUUCAAAGGUGUUUCCAAAACUUACCAAAAAUAUGCUGUGUGCCGGAUACAAGAACGAGAGCUAUGAUGCCUGCCAGGGUGACAGUGGGGGGCCUCUGGUCUGCACCCCAGAGCCUGGUGAGAAGUGGUACCAGGUAGGCAUCAUCAGCUGGGGAAGGAGCUGUGGAGAGAAGAACACCCCAGGGAUAUACACCUCAUUGGCGAACUACAACCUGUGGAUCGAGAAGGUGACCCAGCUGGAGGGCAGGCCCUUCAAAGUACUGAACAUGAGAACCUCUGUCAAACAGAAACCUAUAGGCUCCCGAGUCUCAGUAGUCCCAGAGCCAGGCUGCCCCAGAUCCUGGCUCCUGCUCUGUUCCCUGUCCCAUGUGUUGUUCAGAGCUAUUUUAUACUGAUAAUAAAAUAGAGGCUAUUCUUUUAA